UCCUCAAGUGUGAGCAUGACUGACGUUAUGGAGCAGCAAGACAGUUCAAACAUAGAUGACAUCAGCAGAAGAGCAGAGAAAAUGGUGGAAAACAUUAACCACAGACGCACCAGUGACCAAAACGUGAUGGAUAGCUUUCAGGAGAAAUUAGUGGAGAAGGUGACAGAGAUAUGCCAGCAAAUGAAGCAGCAGAUGUACACAGUCUAUGAGGAGAACAGUGAUGAGAUGCAGGUGAGGCUGCAGGAGCUGUCGGAGGUGCUGGAGAGCUGCUCCAAGCUGAACCACGAGCUCCUGGAGGCCAGUCAUGCCCUGGUGUGUCUGAGAGAGGGUCUGGCCGUUAACCCGUCAUCAGAACCAUGAAACUACAUAUGAUCUGAUAGACUUUUUUUUUUCUUGUAAAUAAUAAUUAUUCUAGCAACAUGUACUUCAUUAAAUUAUAGCCUGUAUUAGUGGUUUAAUGUUCACUUGUGGCUUUUAUUUCCGUUGAAAUCUCUGUCUUUAACCAUCUCCAAGAAGACAAACUUGACUCCGGCUGAGGGUUCAGGUCAACAAUUUAUAACUGCAUCCAAAGAAAAACAA